UCCCAUCUAGGUUGCUGUCCCGGAGCAGAGUGGGUUGUUCCGUUCCGAGACACAGAGUGCACAGAGUCCACGCAUCGCUGUGAUCCCUCCCAGGAAGGCAUCAUGCCCCAGAACGUGGUCCUCCCGGGUCCUGCGCCCUGGGGCUUCAGACUCUCCGGGGGCAUAGACUUCAACCAGCCUUUGGUCAUCACCAGGGUAACCCCAGGAAGCAAGGCAGCAGCUGCCAACCUGUGUCCUGGAGAUGUUAUCCUGGCUAUCGAUGGCUUCGGUACAGAGUCCAUGACUCAUGCUGAUGCACAGGACAGGAUUAAAGCAGCAGCACACCAGCUGUGCCUCAAGAUUGACAGGGCGGAAACUCACUUAUGGUCUCCACAGGUAUCUGAGGAUGGGAAAGCACAUCCUUUCAAAAUCAACUUAGAAGCAGAACCACAGGAUGUGAACUACUUUGAACACAAGCACAAUAUUCGGCCCAAACCUUUCAUAAUUCCAGGCCGAAGCAGUGGAUGCAGCACUCCCUCCGGUAUUGACUGUGGCAGUGGACGUAGCACCCCUUCUUCUGUCAGUACUGUUAGCACCAUUUGCCCAGGUGACUUGAAAGUCGCUGCUAAGAUGGCCCCUAACAUUCCUUUGGAAAUGGAACUUCCUGGUGUGAAGAUUGUACAUGCUCAGUUUAACACACCUAUGCAGCUGUACUCAGAUGACAAUAUUAUGGAAACACUUCAGGGUCAGGUUUCAACAGCUCUAGGGGAAACACCCUCCAUGAGUGAACCCACAGCUUCAGUACCACCCCAGUCAGAUGUGUACCGCAUGCUCCAUGACAAUCGUGAUGAGCCAACUCAACCCCGCCAGUCAGGCUCCUUCAGGGUGCUCCAGGAACUAGUGAACGAUGGGCCUGAUGACCGUCCUGCUGGAACCCGGAGUGUGAGGGCUCCAGUUACCAAAGUCCACGGCGGAGCUGGCAGUGCCCAGAGGAUGCCACUCUGCGACAAGUGUGGGAGUGGCAUUGUAGGUGCGGUGGUCAAGGCCCGGGAUAAGUACCGGCACCCGGAGUGCUUCGUGUGCGCUGACUGUAACCUCAACCUCAAGCAGAAGGGCUACUUCUUCGUGGAGGGGCAGCUAUACUGUGAGACUCACGCGAGAGCCCGCACGAGGCCCCCAGAAGGCUACGACACAGUCACUCUGUACCCCAAAGCUUAAGUCCUUUGCGAACCGGAGCACACAUGCACCCACGCACGCAUGCACGCACAAGUACACAGGAGGGUAUGGAUGGUUUGGGGCAGAAGGAGCACAAACCACCACCUCCAGAUCUAAAGCCAAGGCUUUUAGACAUUUACCUUGUUUGUGUAGUGAGGACAAGAAAGGGGGGCAAAGGCCUGACCCAUGACAAAAAAGACAUUUAGCUGUGUUUUGCAACUCUUUAUAUCUUUGGGAAUAGCAACAAUGGCAUCUAAAGCAACAAUUUUUCUAUGUCAUGCUCCACAAUGUUCAUUUAUUGUACAACCAUCUAAUGUGUAAACACCCAGAUAUUUGGGAGGAACUGAAUUGUCUGAUCUUGGCAAUUGUAGUAAAUACCAAAUAACAAUCUUGUAUUCUAACAAAAUCUUCAGGUGUGGGGGUCUGUCUGAUUAUAGCACAUGUCAGGAAGAACUUUCCAGAAAGUGUCUGGUUUUUAUAUGCAAAUGACUAUAACUUGAUAGCUCAAGAAUCACAAAUAUGUGAAAUGUUUAUGAUUCAUAGUGAAGCAGUAGUCACUGAGUUUAGUUAUAUAUCAGUAUUUCAACAAGACGGCCAAUUCUAUCUUACCUCAUAUACCAACUUAAAUAUUUAAGAAAUAUGUGUCCUCUUUAGUUUUUAUAGCUCAGUCUUUUUUUGGGGGGUAUAUAUGUUCAUAUAUGUGAACAUGCUUGUGGAGGCCAAAGGUCAACCUUCAAGUGUCAUUCUUUGGGAGCCACCCUCGUUUUAUGAGACAAAGUCUCUCAUUGGACCUGGGCUCUCUGAUUAGGCUAGGCUAGCUGGCCAGCAGGCCCCAGGAAUCUUCACAUCUCUGCCUCCUCAACUCUGGGAUUAAAGCACUUGUCACCACCCAUUGCAUUUUACAUAGCUGCUGGGUACUGAAGUCAGGUCCUCAUCCUUGAUAGGCAAGUACUUUGCUGACUGAAUUAUCUCCUCAGUGCCCUCACAAUUCCUUAUGAGUCCCAAAUUUCUGCCGAAGUGAGGAGCAUUGAAAUUUUCUAUUAAAGGUAAUUCAAUCCCUUUCCCAUUAUAGGUUUAUUUUGCUUUGACAUGGUCUCUUUGGAUUGAAAUGUCUCUUUUACAUAAACAUUCACUCAAAUUGGA